GUCGGAGACACCGCGCCGGGAGACGCGGAGACGCCGAAGCUUUCGCGCGGGAAGCCAUGCUUUGCCAGCGCCUGGUGCCGUUGCUGCGGCCGACUCCGUGGGUGCCUUUGGGGCUUCGCACGAAGAUCGUGGUUGAUGAGAGUGCGCUGACGAAGCGCGUAUGCAGGUCCUCCGGACCGGGUGGCCAGAGUGUCAACACCGCGGACACCCGCGUGCAGAUGAGCUUUAGGCUUGACAAAGCGGACUGGAUCCCGGAGAAAGUCCGCAAGAAGAUGUUCGAGAUCCACAAGAAUCGAAUCAGCAAGAUCGGGGAGUUCUCGGUUUCUUGUCAGCAGACCUCCUCACAGAUUGACAACCAGAGGAUAGCCAUCAAGAAGAUUGGCGAGCUGAUUGCCCAGGCAGAGAAGGAUGUGAGGAGUGAUGAUUGGGAAGAGAACGAAAAGCUGGACUUCAAGGACUUCGUAGUUCAGAAGUUCAAG